CCCGAACAAUCUCCCCUGACCAGUCAUUACGCUACAGCUACUUUAGCUAGAAAGGUUUUAUUCCAAACCGUGUGUGGUAGUGCCAGUAGCUACAGGCUGUAAGACAGUAGACCAUCAUGCAGGUGAUCGUUCUUUGCUGUUUGGCUGCUGUUGUCGGUACAGCCGGGGCUGUUUAUAUCAAUGGCUGCAACAUCUUGGCAGGAAGCAACCCUGGAGCAUCAAGUCAACAAAUAGUUGAAGUGGACGUCCCUAAAAACUGUACUUCCGGUUUCGUGAACUGGAGUAGUCCAAAGGGCUACAUGAAGUUGAGACUAAAUCUACCUGGACAAACUUUCUCCCUGUGUCUUGAGGCUGCCCCGACGACGGCAGUCACAGGGGUCAAGGACGUCACAGAGGGGAGGGAUGUUGAGUUACCUUUACCCAGAGAAGGUGUUGAGUCGUGUGCCACGUCUGCCCACAGCACCGUAGAGCUGAUGGUCAACUCAAUCCAGGUGGUUCUGUACAUGACAGGGUUCAACUACAAGGUGAUCAUCACGUGAUCAAGUCAUGUGGUGUCAGGGAGAUGCUGAUUGGUCAGCGUCCCAACCAGAUCGUCCAAUCAAAGACUACAAUGUUUCUACAGCUUUAAUAAAACAGCUCUAUUAAGAAAUCUUAAAA